GAUGUGGAACGGAUAAUAAUACCUAUAAUAGUUCAAUAAGCAAAAGCCCCAAAGCUUAGAUACGUGCAAGACUUGCCGAGAGACUCAAUCGGUCGCUUAUUGUUUGCCAACUUACCCACCUUGAUACGAGCAAGGAGCUUCCAACACCAAAGCCAAAGCGGGAUUCUCGAGACAGGACCUUUUUCGGAGCGGCAGGAAUGGCGCAAAAUUUGACGGAGAUUUGGCGCAGGUUAAGAGAGGCCAGAGCUUUCGAAACUCAGUGUGGGGGGGCUAGUAGUGAUUGUCCAGGUCGUCAUCCAGAGGCGGCGGGAGAGAGGAGGGGCUGAAUGAGAAAAACGAAGGUUGGGUUGAUCACGCUUGGAGGACUGGCGGCUACUGGUGGGACACACACUUUCGGUCCAUGCCGUUGUUACUCUACAUCAUGGUUAUCUAUUAUUAUCCAUGUGCAUUUCCUGUUCAUACUUGUUCAGGAUUUUUAUUUUCUUACUCCCUACGCGAGGCGAGUCUCCCUAUUUUUGCGCAAUCGGCAGCAAACGUCACUAUACUAUCAACCGCCUCCAAGCUGCCGCUGGAUGUCAUUGUUCUUGGCAUACCAAAAGGGAUACAAUUUCAGGCAGAGCAGCCAAGGAUGGUCUGAUCACUUGGUUGAGAUCGAGAUCUAUGUCUUAGCCCCUCUUUCAAAGCGUCGUCAGCGACCUUGGUCCGGACAGUAUUAAGGUGAUGACAUCGUUGGUUGGAAAUGUGAAAUAAAUGCAAUAUAAGAAAGUUAACGAACGAGAGAUAUCGAUGCUCCUCACUCUCAGCAGGCCGAUUUGAUAGACCAUUGACGGUGCUGGUGCUGGU